UCUGGCAACCCUACAGCCAUCAUCGUGUUCAUGAGUUCUGAGCGGGAACAACGAAGUGAACCAUGGCCACAAAACAGGAAUUCCGUGACAGGAUUGUCAAAAAUAAGGUCUUCCUCGUGGAGACUUUAUGUGAAGAGGCCGACAUCAUCAUGCAGCAUGUGCAGCAGCUGAAGCUUCUUACUCAGCGUGAGUACAGGAACAUCAGAGACGUCCAGAACAGAGAGAAGAUGAUCAUCGACCUACUUGACAAACUCCUGAGCAAGGGAGACGAAACCUGUUGCAAAUUCAUAGACCUCUUAAGACAGGACAGUAUUCUGGAGACCUUUCCGAUGUUGAAGUGUCAUGCCAUUUUUGCUCCCUCAGCCAAUGCACAGGACACCAGCCUGAAAUAUCCACUGCAGGAGACCUCAGAGCUGGGACAAUACAAAAUAACGCAAAUUCCACGCGGUAUCUGUGUAAUCUUCAACAAUGUACAUUUUGCAACCAUGAAUGAAAGGAAUGGAUCAGAUGAGGACCAAGAAUCUCUCGACAAAGUUUUCCGCUGGUUGGCGUUUGAGGUGGUGGUGCACAGGAAUAAAACUGCUGCUGAAAUGCAGGAUCUCCUGAAGGACCUGGGCAAGACAGUAGAUGGAGACUGCUUCAUAUGCUGCGUCCUCAGCCAUGGCAGCAAGGACGGAGUCUAUGGAACUGACGGUCGUGUUGUCACUGUUGAUGAAAUACGUGAACCUUUCAAUGGCAUUAACUGCCAGAGGCUAGCUGGCAAGCCCAAAGUGUUUUUCAUACAGGCAUGUCGUGGAAAAAAGAAUCAAAGUCUUGUGAAAGUCCAAGCAGAUGGUCCAGAAGGAGCAGAAUCAGAGAUUGAAGUGGACGCUGACGGCUUUGAAAUCUCAAUCCCAGCCGAUUCAGAUUUCCUGAUUGCCAGGUCGACCACUGAAGGUCACUACUCCUACAGAAAGCCAGAAAUAGGCUCCUGGUUUAUUCAGUCCCUUUGCCAACAGCUAAAGAAGCAUUGUCCACAGGGUACAGACUUACAGACAAUCCUGCUUUGCGUGAAUGAUGACGUCAGCCGUCAGGGAAUUAAUUGCAAACAGAUGCCCGUCCAGGAAGUCGCAAUGAGGAAGAAACUGAUUCUUCCUGUGUCUGCUUAAGAGUACUGAAACCUCCUGCUGUGCAUACCGUGUAAUGCCCUAAUGGUGAUCGUGUUAUGUAAUUUGGCUAGAUGAAACUUUUUUUAUCUUUUCUAAUCUGACUCGUGUUUUUGUAAAUUCACUUAUGAGGGAAUCUCGGGAAAAACCCAAUAGCUGAGCCUUUGUGAAAGUGUUCUUAAAAGUUGUCAUUUUUGUGCAAAUCAGGACCAGAACUGUUUACAUGAAGGGAAUCAUGAGCCACAUUUUAUAAUGAUUUAUGAUUAUAAUAAAUUACAGUGCAUUUUUUUAUUUUACAAAUGUUCUUUAUGUUUUGUUUUGUUCAUGAAUAAAAAAGUCAUCCAAUUUUUAUAAUACAAUAAUCUUUACAACAUGGUGCAUUACUGAAUGUACAAAGAAAUACUUCUUACUUUAUAUUACCUACAGUCAUGGCAAUAAAUAGUCAACACAUAAACAUGCUAUCUGGUUGACCAACAGAUGGAUAAUUGCUUAUGGCAGUAUGCAUUUUCUCAUUGAAAAAUAAAGUGUCAGCAAAAUUCAAAUAUAAUUACAUUCAAGUAUUUGUCCACACAGCUGGCUUGAAUAUACUGAACAAAGCAUGUAAACAAUAACACAGACACAUUCCUUUGUAACGUAUCCCUGUAACCGCCCUGUAUCUGUUGAUCGAUUAUACACAUUAAUAAAGCUUACCUGAAAGCUUGAGCUUAAUUUUGUGGUUGUUUCUUCUAUGCAAUAUUUAGCUGAUGCAAAUGUGAAUCUCAAACAUACUCUAUAAUCUCUAUCACAACAGCAGAAUACUGUUGAGUAAUCAUUAAAGGGACAGUUCACACAAAAAUGGAAAUGCUCUCAUCAUGUACUCACUCUCAUGCUAUCCCAGAUGUGUCUGACUUUCUUCUGCAGAACACACAUUAAGAUUUUUAGAAGAAUAUCUCAGCUCUGUAGGUCCAUAUAAUGCAAGAGAAUGGGUGCUGAAACUUUGAAGCUCCAAAAUCCACAUAAGGGCAACAAAAAGUAGGUUACAAUGGGAUAAAUUGAUUCUCCAUUGAUUUAAUUUUUUCCCAAAUCACUAAAUAGUAACAAAAACUACCACAUGGCUUUCCUAAACACCUGUUUGUCACUUUACACUGCAAAAGUUCCCUGAUCCAUGAGAUCAUUGUGUCUAACAC